AAUGGAGCCAUGCACUGCGACCGCUCUUGGAGCUGUCCACCUUGCAGUUCCGAGUUCAUUGAGAACCAGAACUAUAGGAAGGGAUGGCCACUCUUCGGAGUCUUCUAGGUCCAGGUGGCGCACGCCAGACAUGUGGCGAGGCUUUUGCAUUUCAAUCGGUGCUCAGCUGCACCGCAGAUCAUGGAGAUCGGCUAGGAAAAGCAGAACCUCAGUCUCAUGCAACGAGGAGGGCAGAAAUGAUUUGCCGCACUAUUUUCCAAAAACCAUAGAUUCGUCAAAAGCCGAUGAUUCAUUGGAUGAAGAUGCUGCUUCUGGUGAUGAUGCCAUUUGUGAGUUGAUUGGUUAUGACAUGGGUGAAAGCCUGUCAACAGAAAUCAGCGAGCCUUUCACUGAAGAAGAACUUCACGCGGCAUAUGUCGCAAGUGGAUACUAUUCAGCAAAAAGGGCGAGAAAGAAGGCUGCAAUGUGGUUAAUUGGCCCAAGUGCCUGUGGCAAGUCCACCCUUGCACCCAAAGCAGCACAGUGGACAGGGAUGGAUGUUGAGGGUUAUGUGACCAUCGAUGGCGAAGUCUUCCGCGAUGCGCAUCAUGGCUAUCAAAAUGCAAUUACAGAAGGGCAGCAACACGGAUGCGUUUGGUGGAAUGCCUACUUAGGCAUUCGAGAAAACAUCAACGAGGAGAAGCAGCUCCUUCUUGAGCGAGCCAGAAAUGAUGGGAAGCAUUUGAUGAUUCCCAGUACUUGCCUCCGACGAUCUCAAUGCGUUGAUGUCGCAGAAGAUCUGGUGCAGGCUGGCUACGAAAUUCACAUCGUGGGCGUCUUCGGGAACAAGGCAACAAUAGUGGAACGGGGACAGAAAAGAGCAAUGAAUGCAGGCAAAAGAUAUGACCCUAGGGAGUUUGAACUUGCACUUCAGAUGUUUGCCCCCAUGCUCCGGCUUUGCACUGGAACAUGGCGCAUGGUGUGCACAACAGAUGACGCAUCGUCACAAAAAGACAUCCACGGAGAGGCUCCACUAGAAGAAGCCGACAUAGAGAGGAUUUGCAAAGAUGUUUUUUCGAUGUAUGAGGAAGCUGAUGUGGCAUGCUAAGCUUGAACUACAGCACAAUUUUCCUGUUUCAUCCCUCAAAGGCUGCAGCCUACCGUGGCCUACAAUUGCCUACUGCCACACUUCGGUGAGAAUUUGAAGAUAGAGGGGCACCCAGUCAGAAAGGCGAAGCCCCAAAUGGCCCAACUAAGAAAGCCAUGGGGUUCGGUGCCUGGAAUCAUUUUUAAUUGUCCUGCUCUUGCAGUCUUGACCAGAUUGCGCCUUGCAAAAUGGCCACAGUAUGGCUGAAA